AUGCGCACUCGACGCGGCGCGGUAGCUAGCCAGAGCCGCGACGACCCGGCGGGGGGGGGGGGAUCUCGCGCCUGCGCGUGCGCGGCGGUGGUCUCCGCGCUCCCUCGUCCUCUCAGUCAGCGAGCGGCUGUGAGAGCGCGGUGACGGCGGCUGGGAUGUUCCGAAAGGCCCGGCGGGUGAACGUGCGCAAGCGGAAUGACUCGGAGGAGGAGGAGCGGGAGCGCGACGAGGAGCAGGAGCCGCCACCGUUGCUGCCCCCGCCGGCCUCGGGUGAAGAGCCCGGCCCUGGCGGCGGCGACCGGGCCCCCGCGGGGGAGUCGCUCCUGGGCCCGGGGCCGCCGCCGCCGCCGUCCUCCGCGCACCACCCGGGCCUCGGCGCUGAGGCCGGGGGCGGCAUCCCCGGCGGCGCGGAGCCCGGCAACGGGCUGAAGCCGCGCAAGAGGCCUCGCGAGAACAAAGAGGUGCCCAGGGCCAGCCUGCUCAGCUUCCAGGACGAGGAGGAAGAAAAUGAAGAAGUAUUCAAGGUAAAGAAAUCAAGUUACAGCAAAAAGAUAGUUAAAUUGCUUAAGAAAGAAUAUAAAGAAGACCUUGAAAAAUCAAAGAUCAAGACAGAACUCAGCACAGCAGCUGACAGUGACCAGCCUCUGGACAAAACGUGUCAUGCUAAGGACACAAACCCAGAAGAUGGAGUUGUCGUCAGCGAGCACGGUGAGGAUGAGAUGGACAUGGAGAGCGAGAAGGAGGAGGAGAAGCCCAAGGCCGGGGGCGCCUUCUCCAAUGCUCUGUCUUCCCUGAACGUGCUCCGCCCAGGAGAAAUCCCAGAUGCAGCUUUCAUACAUGCUGCAAGAAAGAAGCGACAACUGGCCCGGGAGCUGGGAGACUUCACUCCCCACGACAGUGAGCCUGGUAAAGGCCGCCUCGUCCGGGAGGACGAGAAUGAUGCCAGCGACGAUGAGGACGAUGAUGAGAAGCGCCGGAUCGUUUUUUCUGUGAAGGAAAAGUCACAAAGACAAAAGAUCGCUGAGGAGAUAGGUAUUGAGGGGAGUGACGAUGAUGCGUUAGUAACUGGAGAGCAAGACGAGGAGCUCAGCCGCUGGGAGCAGGAGCAGAUUAGAAAAGGAAUUAACAUCCCUCAGGUUCAAGCAAGUCAGCCCACUGAAGUGAAUAUGUACUACCAGAAUACUUACCAGACAAUGCCUUAUGGUGCAUCCUAUGGCAUACCUUAUAGUUACACAGCCUAUGGAUCAUCAGAUGCCAAGUCUCAAAAAACAGAUAAUACAGUCCCUUUCAAAACUCCCAGUAAUGAGAUGGCUCCCGUUACUAUUGAUUUGGUAAAGAAACAGCUUAAAGACAGGUUGGACUCCAUGAAAGAAUUGCACAAAACCAAUCGACAGCAGCAUGAAAAACAUCUGCAAAGCCGAGUGGACUCCACCAGGGCUAUUGAGAGAUUAGAAGGGUCUUCUGGGGGUAUUGGUGAACGGUAUAAAUUUUUGCAAGAAAUGCGAGGGUAUGUCCAAGACUUGCUUGAGUGUUUCAGUGAAAAGGUGCCACUGAUUAAUGAACUUGAAUCAGCAAUACAUCAGCUGUACAAACAGCGAGCUUCCCGCCUUGUCCAAAGACGACAAGAUGAUAUUAAAGAUGAAUCUUCGGAGUUUUCAAGCCAUUCAAAUAAAGCUUUGAUGGCACCAAAUCUUGAUUCCUUUGGACGUGAUCGGGCACUUUAUCAAGAACAUGCAAAACGUCGGAUUGCAGAGCGGGAAGCCAGGAGGACUCGCCGUAGGCAAGCCAGAGAGCAAACCGGUCAGAUGGCAGAUCACCUGGAAGGCCUGUCCAGUGAUGAUGAAGAGACAUCUACAGAUAUUACUAAUUUCAAUCUGGAGAAAGAUCGAAUUUUGAAAGAGUCUAGCAAAGUUUUUGAAGAUGUCCUUGAGAGUUUCUAUUCAAUUGACUGCAUUAAAGCACAGUUUGAAGCAUGGCGUUCAAAGUACUACAUGUCCUAUAAGGAUGCUUACAUUGGUCUUUGUCUGCCAAAACUGUUCAACCCCCUGAUCAGACUUCAGCUUCUCACCUGGACUCCUCUCGAGGCAAAAUGUCGUGACUUUGAAACUAUGCUGUGGUUUGAAUCUCUGCUGUUUUAUGGUUGUGAAGAACGAGAGCAAGAGAAGGAUGACGUUGAUGUUGCUCUGCUGCCCACCAUUGUGGAGAAGGUCAUUCUUCCCAAGCUGACAGUGAUAGCUGAAACCAUGUGGGAUCCCUUUUCUACAACACAGACUUCAAGGAUGGUUGGAAUCACAAUGAAAUUAAUAAAUGGCUAUCCCUCAGUAGUCAAUGCAGAAAAUAAAAACACACAGGUAUACCUUAAAGCACUUUUAUUGAGGAUGAGAAGAACUUUAGAUGAUGAUGUGUUCAUGCCCCUGUAUCCCAAAAACGUCUUAGAAAAUAAAAAUUCUGGGCCUUACUUAUUUUUUCAACGACAGUUUUGGUCGUCUGUCAAGCUCUUGGGAAAUUUUCUUCAGUGGUAUGGCAUUUUCUCAAACAAAACUCUUCAGGAGUUAUCAAUAGAUGGCUUGUUAAACAGAUACAUCCUCAUGGCUUUUCAGAACUCAGAAUACGGAGAUGACAGCAUCAGAAAAGCCCAAAAUGUAAUCAACUGUUUCCCUAAACAGUGGUUUGUAAAUCUGAAAGGAGAAAGAACUAUUUCUCAGUUAGAAAAUUUUUGCCGAUAUCUUGUACAUUUAGCAGAUACAAUUUACAGGAACAGUAUUGGGUGCUCUGAUGUGGAAAAAAGAAAUGCAAGGGAAAAUAUAAAGCAGAUAGUAAAACUUCUUGCAAGUGUUCGGGCUUUGGAUCAUGCUCUGUCUGUCGCAAGUGACCACAAUGUGAAAGAAGUCAAGUCUCUGAUGGACGGGAAGUAGCUCUGAGAGGAAGCUUUUUAACAGCAGGAACUUAGGCAAUAGCAAUCAUCUUAGGGAAACCCUGCGCUGCUGCAGCAGAAGCGCUGGCAGGUGACGGACCUUCACCCCUACUUUGGCUAGUGUUGCUGUCACUGUAGCUGUGCUGCCUUAAAAUGAAAACGGAAAUAAGACUUUGUCAUUGAGUGAGUGUGGAACUUCUGGGACUCAGCCCUGGCGGCAGCUGUGGGUUUAAUACGAGCCCAAGGUGACAUAUGCAGUGGUGUGGGGUAGGAUACACCACAAACUAACUGCAUGGCCUGGGCUGACUGUCCUUGCUCGCUGUUGUCUUCACUGCCCAGAUAUAGAUACGCAUUUCUAUAGUUUCUCCUGUUUUGAAUCCCACAUAUGUGAGUUAUAUAUGCAAUAAAGAACAUGCCUUGCUGAUCAGACACACCCAGGCAAUUUACUCUCCAUGGUAUUCUGUAAUGUUUAUACCACACUGUAAAUACUCAGAGAAACUUGUUUUAAGGUUGAUGCUUUCUGAUUCUGUGAUUUUUCAGAAGAGUAACUUUUCAGAAAUUCAGGGCUAUCAUUUGAAAUAUAUAUAUGUAAUUAAGCUUUA